UUCCGGAGGGAUUAUUCAAAUUAAAAGGAUAUUUAGUAAUUGACCCCAGGCGGAUUUUACUAUCGUCUUCUUCCAUUUAUUUAGGGAAGAAGGCCGGCCAUGAAAGCCAUUUCCUCCUCUCCCUCUCUCUCUCUCUCUCUCUCUCUCUCUCUCUCUCUCUCUCUCUCUCUCUCUCUCUCCAAGUUUUGGGAGAUUCAAAGCUUAGUCAAGUCGAUUACUAAUUCGAUCGAUCAGGAAGAAUUCGUGGAAGCCAAAAAUCUGGGAAUGCUGAAAAAUGUGCAACUCCGGCAUGAAAUCCUUGCCCAAAAUUACUGAUAUUGUAACCCCAUCUGAGUUGACUUGGCUCAUUCUUGAUGAAAAUGUUCUGUGUUGUUUAAGGCAGUUUACUUCCUUUGAACUGACUAGCCAUAGAUUCCGAAAUAUAAUACCAUCCAUAAUUUCAGAUCAUUAUCGUGGGGACGACGGUUGAAAUUUCAGAUUAUAAGAUUUUACUUCUUCUGUUUAUAUAAUACAUCAUAUUAGUAUUUUAGCUACUUUGUAUCAAAUAUAAAAGAAAAUAUAUUGGAAUGGAAAAUAAAGAAUUUGUUUUGAUGAAGAAGUAUGAGAUAGGGAGAAUGCUAGGAAAGGGUACAUUUGCAAAGGUAUACUAUGCCAGGAAUAUAAAUACUGCUCAAACAGUUGCUAUAAAGAUGAUUGAUAAAGAGAAAGUGCUGAAGAUUGGACUUAUGGAUCAAAUCAAACGUGAGAUUUCUGUAAUGAGGUUGAUGAAUCAUCCGAAUAUUGUCGAUCUUUAUGAGGUCAUGGCCACCAAGAAUAAAAUUUAUUUCGUGAUGGAAUGCAUGAAGGGUGGCGAACUCUUCAACAAAGUUGCUAAGGGAAAAUUAAAGGAAGAUGUCGCAAGGAAAUUUUUUCAGCAGCUAAUCACUGCAGUGGAAUUCUGCCACAGCAGAGGAGUUUAUCACCGAGAUCUAAAGCUUGAAAACCUGUUGCUUGAUGAGAAUGGUAAUCUGAAGGUUUCAGAUUUUGGAUUUAGUACUCUUAUAGAUUCGAAGAGACAGGAUCUCUUACUUCACACGACCUGCGGAACUCCGGCUUAUGUUGCUCCUGAGGUGAUUAGUAGGAAAGGCUAUGAUGGUGCUAAAGCUGAUAUAUGGUCAUGUGGGGUAAUCCUUUAUGUUCUUCUCGCUGGUUAUCUCCCUUUUCGUGACGCGAACUUGAUGGUGAUGUAUCGGAAGAUUGGGAAGGCGGAAUUUAAAUGUCCUCAUUGGUUUCCUCCUGAAGUUAGAAGGUUAUUAUCGAAGAUCUUAGACCCAAAUCCGACUAGGAGAAUCUCAAUUGAAAAAAUCAUGGACCAUCCUUGGUUCCAAAAAGCUUUUGAUGGAAAACAAAAGGAAAUUGUGACGGAAAAAGAAGAAGACAUAACUCAUAUUGAUGUUAACAAUAGCUUGAUUGCAAAUAAUAACAAUGUUCAGGAGGAAGAGAAGAAGGAUGAAAUGAAAAUAAGAAAUAUGAAUGCAUUUGACAUCAUCUCUCUUUCUAAUGGAUUUGAUCUUUCAGGCUUAUUUGUGGAUGCUGACCACAGGAAUCAAGCACGGUUUACCUCUUGGCAUCCUGCAACAGCCAUUAUUUCAAAGCUUGAGGAAGUUGCCAAUUUUUUGGGAUUCAAAGUUCAGAAGAAGAAUGGAAUCGUGAAAGUUGAAGGAUCGAAGGAAGGGAGAAAGGGUUUUGUUUCCAUUGAUACUGAGAUAUUUGAACUGACUCCUUCGUUUCACUUGGUUGAGAUGAAGAAGACUAAUGGGGAUGCUCUCGAGUAUCAGAAACUCUGGAAGGAGAAUAUAAGGCCUGCUUUAAAAGACAUUGUUUGGGCAUGGCAAGGUGAGGAAGGUGAUUUACAGCAGCUGAAAUCUUGAGUUUUAGAUCCAGCGCUUAAUUGAUCACCUUAUCAAUGUUUUCUUUGAUGUCUUCAUAAAAUUCUGUAUUAUAGUCGUCUUUAUGCUAUCAAACUGUUGUUACGUCAGUCUUCAGAAUUAGUCAGUUUAAUGAUGAUUAUGUUGUUGCUGUGAAUCUGAAGGUUACUCUUUUGGAAACUUGCCUGCUAUAUGUUCAAGUAA